CAGUGCGGCAUCGAAGACUCGGACACUGACGAUGACUUGGGUGGUGCCAUGAAGUCACUCUCACUGAGUGCAUACCAAUCUACACAAACAGAUCUAUCCAAAGCAGUCGAGUCACAACAACGGCUUGCAGUGCUCAGUUUCGAGCAGGUGAACCGUCUGAACGAGGUGAUGGACGAGGUGGUGUGCAUCCACGGACGGGGCAACUUCCCCACCUUGGAGAUUCGCCUCCGGGACCUCGUGAAUGUCGUGAGGGGGAAACUGGAGGCGGACACUGGGUCUGGGGGGGCGGGGAUGCGUGUCAGGGACAUCAGGUUGAACGGUGGCGCCGCCUCUCACGUCUUAGCCACCGAAACACAGCCUUACAAUGACCUAGACCUCAUAUUUGGCGUUGAACUGUCCUGCACGCGGAAUUUCGACAAGGUAAAAUCAGCAGUGCUGAGCUCCCUGUACGAAAUGCUCCCUGAAGGUGUAAACAGACGGCGGAUCUCUACGUGCAGUCUCAAAGAAGCAUACGUGAGCAAAAUGGUGAAGGUGAACCAGUGCACGGUGGGUGGCGACCGAUGGUCGCUCAUCUCGUUGGGCAACUCGAGGGGGAGAGGGGUGGAACUCAAGUUCGUCGACAGCAUGAGGCGGCAGUUCGAGUUCUCCGUUGACUCCUUCCAAAUUGUACUCGACUCGCUGCUGCUCUUCUACAGGUGUAGUGAGCUACCAAUCAGCGAGAACUUCUACCCGACUGUGGUGGGUGAGAGCGUCUAUGGUGAUUUCCAGGAAGCGCUCUACCAUUUACAGAAAAAGCUGAUCUCUACCCGCCAUCCAGAGGAGAUCCGUGGUGGCGGCCUGCUCAAGUAUUGCAACCUGCUAGUCAAAAAUUACAAACCCGCCAGGCCGGAUUACAUCAAGGGAUUGCAAAGGUAUAUGUGCUCACGGUUCUUCAUCGAUUUCCCGGACAUCGCCCAGCAGCGCGCCAAACUGGAGAACUACCUGUGGAACCACUUCGUGGAGCCUGACGAAGAGGCGCUCCGCCACCAGUACCUGAUGCUACUGCACGACGUCGUCGAGGAGUCCACCGUCUGCCUGAUGGGCCACGAACGUCGCCAGACGCUGCAGCUCAUCAAGAGUCUCGCCUGGCAGGUGCUUUACACGGACCAGCAACGGAUGAUGACCCAGCAGCCGCCACCUUUGAUGUACGCAAACGGCGUCGUAUACGCGCCCAUCAUCCAGACAAGCUGUUUCUGCACGUGCAAUCCUGCUGCCUGGAUGCAGUGCUGCACGUGAUGCGCGCUCCCCAUCGCCGCCCCGACGCCAGCGGCAGCGGCGAUGCCGCCUCCCAUCCACAUCCCUGCUCCUCUGCACUUCGACACCACCCACAUGGGCGGUGCUAACACCGGCUGUCUCUGUCUCGCAGUCAAUGACGCUACUUAUGCUCCCACUCCUUCUCCACGCUCCUCCCCUUCACCACACCUUACGUAAGAACGACAAGCGCGUGGGCAUGCGACCCAGUUGUACUCGCCACGCAGCCUCCACGGACAGUGUCUGGUAGGAAAAUUGGUUGCGAAGUAAACACAAUAGAUUUCAAAUGGCCCCAUAGAAAAAAGUUUAGUGGCGUCAAAUCAGGAGAUCUAGCAGGCCAUUCUAUAGGCCCUUUUCGCCAUAUCCAUUUAUCUGGACACUCGUCGUCUAGCCAUUGCCGAACCGGAAGAACAUAGGGAGUAGGAGCGCCGUCUUGGUGGAAAUAUAUGGCAAACCCUAACGGGCAACAUUUUGAACGUUUAUUGAAAUAAAAAGUGAUGUUCUCGUGUGUUUUUUUCUAUCUGAACAGAUUAAGAUAAAGAUUUUUCUAAUUUUCUCGAAAACGAAGCGACUGAUUUUAAAAAAUCAAACGUCAAAAUAAAGGACUUCGAAAGAUCUUUCAAAUAAGCUGAAGAGUUAUUUAGAAUUUUUAAGGGAAUGACCCUGGGGGGCCGAGAGUGAAAGAGGGUGAAGUAGUUUUUGGUUAAAAAGUUGUCCCCCGUGAGAAAUCUUUCGGCGUUUUUCUUUUAAUCAGUGGUUUUCGAUAAAUCCGUGGUGGAAAGUUUUCAAAUGAACACGGGUAUUUCUGAAAGAUCUAUUCAAGUGCAUUUUUACAGAGAUAUGGAGAUCAAAAAUUAUUAAUAUUUGAAAGGCUUCUUCAACAUACAAAUGUCAAGGUUCAGCCCAAUGAGACUCGGAAAUCGUUAUCCUACCUUUUUCCUACAGAUACUAAUAUAUUAUGUAGUGCGUACUUUGCUAAUGCUUUCCAGCGGAUUUCCAAGUUUUCUUAGCCAUCACUUGAAUGUAUGCGAAAAAAAUUUAUUGUACUGAAAUCGUCAUUAAAUUCGAAUUUGAAUGAAUUUACAAAUAAAUCAGAAAUCAGUGGCAACACUCGGAAAUUCGGCGGUAAAUUAAGUACCACAAAGUACGUUUCUUGGAAGUUGGCAGCGUAAUCGUGGCGAGGAUGUCAUAUAUUGUAAUCAUUCCGAUUUUCAUAAAUAUGUAUGUGUUUUCUUUCACUUAAAGGACACUUAUUUUGGAGGUCAGUCAUGAAAAAAAGUUCCAGCAAAUGUGAGUAACGGUGUACAUAAAAUAAAUUGGUUAUUAGUCAGAAUUAUGGUAAUUGGAUGUUGAAAGUUUAGAUAAACUUUAUUAUUGUUAUUGGAUGUUUUGUUGGUGAUAAAUUUUUGAUGGUUGUAGUAGUCGAUAAGAGAUUUCCGUCCAGUCGAAUGCGUGUUGUGCAUUUAUACCAAGGUGCAGUUGACUUUAGGCAAAUAAUAUUAAAAACGUUGAAAAAAUAUGAAAUUUGGUAAAAAUAACUGGAUCUGGGAUAGUUUUCCAUUUAUGAUAUGUAUUCUUGAACUCAGAGCUAUGAGGCUAAGUCACGCAAUGAUGUAUUCCAAAUUUUGUCCAAAUAGAAAAGCGUAGUUCUACAAUGAUAUAUUUUUAGUAGCUUAUAUUUUUGUCUCGCAUCUCGUGAAAUAAAUGGAACAAAAAUGUCAUUGACAUACAUUCGCAAGUUUCUUGGAACAAACAUGUUUGUCU